CCCCUGGCGGGAGGGCGCCGCCGGCCCGGCCCUGCGCGCGCGGCCCCUUUAAGGCCCCCCCCCGCCAGCUGGGGGGGCCAGGGCCAGGGGCCUCCCCCGCUCGGGCGCCCCCACUCGCGCCGCCCCGGCCCGCCCCGCCCGCUGCAACCUGUGGCCGGGCUGGGGGCCCCGCACCCCCGGCCGUGAGGACCCCGCCAACGCCAUGAGCUGAGCAGACCCCCCACGGGCACCAUGGACCCCGGCGCCUUCCCCCACAUCCAGCUGUGGUGCCCCCGGCCCUUCGGCACCUACUCGCAGAACAAGCCGUGCCAGGCGGCUCCCGCCCGCAGACCCUUCUGCCGUGCCAAGGAGGACGGGGCAGAGGCCGAGUCCUGCUCGGAGAACACCCCCCCGGCGCCCGCGCCUGCGCCCCCGCCCGGCUCCCCGGGGGCCGGCCCGGUGGAGGAGGGCCGGGUGCUGCUGGACACGUGGUACGUCAUCAAGCCGGGCAACACCAAGGAGAAGAUCGCCUUCUUCGUGGCACACCAGUGCAGCAGCAGCCGCGCAAGCACCAUGAAGGUCAAAGGCCACUGGGGCAGCGACAGCUCCAAAGCCAAGCGCCGGCGCCGCUCCCACGACCCCAGCAAGGCCAAGGCCACUGAGGCCACGUGCCCGGAGCCGCCGCCACCACCGCCGCCUCCCGAGCCCGGCACCGCUGACACCGACCUGCUCUCGGUGGCCGAGAUGGUGGCGCUGGUGGAGCAGCGGGCGGCACUGGCCCUGCAGAGCUGCCCGCGGGCCUGCCCACCCAGCGUGCCCGGCCCCAUGGUCUUCGUGGCGUCGGAGCAGGAGGCAGGCAGCGCGGAGCGGCGGGCGGGCACUGACUGCCGGCGUGUGGCGGAGGCCGUGGCGCGGCUCGAGUCGCGCGAGCGGGAGCGGCAGAACGGCUGCGGCCCCGGUGAGGUGCGCAUCGCCUUCCGCAUCUCCAGCACCCGCGACCCCCGUGCUGCCCCGGACCAGGGCGCCGGCGCCCGCCCCAGCUGCAUGUUCGUGGGUUGCAGCGCGCCGGCUGCCCGCGCCAAGGACAAGAUCACUUGCGACCUCUACCAGCUCAUCAGCCCCUCCCGCGAUGCACUGCCCACCAACGUGGACUUCCUGCUGGCCGCUGCUGCCGCCUCCCCUAAGGCCGAGGGGCCGCCUGAGGCACCCAGCGGGGAUGCAGGCGGGCGCGAAGCCCCGGUGGGGCCCGGCAAGGCGGAGCUGGGCGUGGGUGAGAAAUCGGUGGGCCGGGACUGCAUGGCCGGCUUCCACGUGGACGUGGUGGUGACAGGCGUGGUGGACGAGUGCGUGUUCUUCGGCAAGGACAGCACCAAGAACAUGAAGGAGGAGACCGUGUGCCUAGUGGCGGGACCCGAGGCGCUGGGCGAGGACCCGCCGCCCGGCCAGCUCUUCUUCCUGCACUCGCCUGAGGACACACGGGCGCCUGACGUGGGUGGCACGGACGGGGCCCCGGAGCGCGGCAGCGGUGCCGGUGCCCCCGACUCGGCGCCACCUGGCGACCCCUCGCUGUGCCGCCUCUACCGCCACGUCUCACACGACUUCCUGGAGAUCCGCUUCAAGAUCCAGCGCCUGCUAGAGCCGCGGCAGUACAUGCUGCUGCUGCCCGAGCACGUCAUGGUGAAGAUCUUCGCCUACCUGCCCACGCGGUCGCUGGCCGCGCUCAAGUGCUCCUGCCACUACUUCAAGUCGCUCAUCGAGACCUUCGGCAUCCAGGCCACAGACUCGCGCUGGACCCGCGACCCGCUCUACCGUGACGACCCCUGCAAGCAGUGCCGCAAGCGCUACGAGAAGGGCGACGUCUCGCUGUGCCGCUGGCACCCCAAGCCCUACCACCACGACCUGCCUUACGGACGCUCCUACUGGAUGUGCUGCCGCCGCCCCGACAAGGAGGCGCCCGGCUGCCGCGUGGGGCUGCACGACAACCACUGGGUGCAGCCCUGCCUGGCGCGGGACCGGGAUCGGGACCGUGGGGGCGGGCACCGCGAGGAUGCCAGGUGAGGGGCGGGGUGGGGCUGGGCCAGGCCCCACCCCCCGCAGCUGACACGACUUGGGGGGGGUUAUUGCCCCCUCCCCCUUUGGGGGUUUUUUUUUGCCUGUGUUUGAUGUUGAGAUUUGGGGGUGCAGAGAAGGAGUGGGUGCAGCAGGGGGUGCUGGAGGAAGGACCGCACCUGCCCCUCCCAGCACCCGGGGCAGCCCCAGCUCCUGGGCUGGGAUCAGGACCCUCAGAAGGGCUCAGCUGGGCACGACCCUCCCUCAGGGGUGGGGGCCGGCUCCCCCGUCCCUCCCCAAGACCCUCACCAAAGACCCCCCAUCUCCGUCCCCCCGGCGAGGACACCUGGGUUCUUCCCUUCUCUCCCAGCCACUCCUCAGUGGCUUAUGGGGGGCCCUCAGCUCCCAGCCGCCACCACCACCAUAAGUGGCCUUGACCCCAGCCCGGCCCCUCCAUGCCCAGCUCGUGCCCCACAGCACGCCCAUCAGACUCUGGGCCUGCAGCCCCUCCCAUAUUUAUAUGCCUGUCUUCGUGCAUGUGUGACAUUGCAAACGACUGUUGAGUGGGGAAAAAACGAUUAAAGAGGAAAAACCCAG